ACAACCAGCCUUGAGGAGGAGAUUUACCUCUACGGCAGAGCCACCACUCAGGGAGAAGCCCAGGCCCCGGAUGAACCGGGCUAUUAGACACGGUAAUUAGGCAAGGAGCCCGGGCAAGCCAGGAGCGAGACGUAGCACUAUGAACCAAGAAAAACUGGCCAAGCUUCAAGCGCAGGUCCGAAUAGGAGGAAAGGGAACAGCUCGCAGAAAGAAGAAGGUGGUACACAGAACAGCUACAGCUGAUGACAAAAAACUUCAGAGUUCCCUCAAAAAACUGGCUGUAAAUAACAUUGCUGGCAUUGAAGAGGUGAACAUGAUAAAAGAUGAUGGAACAGUUAUUCACUUCAACAACCCCAAGGUUCAAGCUUCCCUCUCUGCCAACACUUUUGCAAUUACUGGUCAUGCAGAAGCUAAACCGAUCACAGAAAUGCUUCCAGGCAUCUUAAGCCAGCUUGGUGCUGACAGCUUAACAAGUCUCAGGAAGUUAGCUGAACAAUUCCCAAGACAAGUGUUGGAUAGUAAAGCACCAAAAUCUGAAGAUAUUGAUGAAGAAGAUGAUGAUGUUCCAGAUCUCGUAGAAAAUUUUGAUGAAGCAUCAAAGAAUGAAGCUAACUAAAACAUUAAUAGUUCUGGAAGCUGGCAUGGACUAGAUUUAAGAAAUCAGCUAUGUGGUUCCAAAGUUUUAAAGAAACAGAGAACAUCAUCUGUUAAUAGUUCAGUAAUAUAAAUAUUUUGUAUUUUUAUGAUGCUGUUUGUUCAGCAUUUUCUGUCAGUUGAUUUUGCAUUUUGCACUUACUCCCAGGAUCUACUCUUUUGGUCAAAAAGAAAUGUCAGUGCAGUUUGAGGGGUGUGUGUAUGUGUGUGGGUGUACGUAUAGUGGAGAACAAAUUGGAGAACACAUAUUUAACCAUUUACCCUUUUCUUUUGGAAGUAGAAAUAAAAUGAAUCUUCAGCAUCAUUACUUUGAUUAUCACCAAAUAGUGCACAGAGGGAGUUAAGAUUAACGUUUUGUCCACGUUUUGUGACCUGAAGGCAUUACACCAUUAAAACUUGGGCUUAAUUUGCUGUAACUAUUGUACUUGCAGGUGUGUUUCUCAAUGUACAUGUAUUUAUCAACCUUGUGUUGAUCCCAGGUUUUAGGGGUGGUGAGCAAUUUUUUUUCUUAAUUUUUUUUUUUUUGUUUCUAAAGUUUUGAUAGAAGCUGAUAUUUGACUCCUUUCAUGUAGACUUAGCAGUAUGUUCUCCUGUUGGUUACUAAAGUAUUUCCCAGUCAAAAGAAAAACACCUUGGUUCUCUACUGUCAGGUCACUUCCUUCUAAGCUUGGAGGUCUGGUUGGUAACAGUCCAGUGCACCAGUUUUGCACAGUAACAGGUUUUUGCUUGAAUAACUUCAAGCUGUUCUCUUGGCAUGACUGCAUUUACUAGCAGCUGAUGAUCCACUCUCAUUCUUAGGGCACUAGGAACUAAAUGCACUGUGUGAACAAUGUUCAGGGUGGGAGGAAAGAGUUGUUGACACUUUGCCUUGCUUCCUGCUGGGCAGUCUGUGCAGUGACUAGCUCUAAAGGGACUUUUUUUUUUUUUUCUUUUUUUUCUUUCUUUUUUUUUUUUUUUUUUUUUUUUUUUUUUUUUUUUUUUUUUUUUUUUUUUUUUUUUUUUUUUUUUUUUUUUUUUCUGUAACUUAACCUUGGCCUAUAACCUAUCUCUAGGUUUGGUGUCAUCUAUAUAGUAGCUUCUUACAAAACACAAAUGCUCCUCGGGCAUAAGGAGGACAUUGGGAGGUACUGUUGGUACAGUGCAGUAUUUAUGACCUUUCUUUAAAAUGCUUAAUGUGAAGCUGUUUUCUCAGAGGCUCUUUCAAGGUUCUUGAUGUAAUGUGCAUUACAGUAUAGUUAGACAUCAUUGUAACCUCUGUCAAGGGCAGCUGUGGCUUACAAAAGCCACUUUUUUUUUUCUCUACAUCUGUCACUUAACUAUGGCUUAAUUGGAACAUAUCAGCUUUUGGUGUAGGCUCUCAUAUGCUAGAGAACUGAAAUAGUACAAGCAAACAGUCCAUGAGUUCUGGAGACUUUGUGAACCCACGGAAGUUGAGCUGUAGUGGUUCAUCAGCUGAACUCGGUUCAUUUUCUAGGCUUCGUUCAGUAUUUCUUGUUAUAUUUUAUAUACUAUGUGGAUCUUACUACAAAAUAAAAUAACAGUAAAAAGAGGAAAUGCUCCCCCCUGUGUGUUGUCUGCUUCUCCCACCAGCACUGGCUGAGGAAAGCAGGUGGAUGCAGCAGCUGUUGGAGACAGCACUGCAUUCUUGGUGACAGUGACCAAGGAAGACCAGGGGCUAGGGAGGGUCGUGUUAGAGCUCUAGGAUUUCACACUCCCUAUACUCACUCCUAUUUUCUCUGUGGUGUUGAAAGAAACUUUUGUUUGUUGUAUGGCUGAUCAGCUGCAUAUGGUUUGUUCUGUUCAUAAGGAGGAGAUAUCUCCACAAAUGUGUGCUCAGCCACAUGGAAUUGUCUUCUGCUGCCUCUGUGAGCCCAGGGAGCAAAGCAAGGACAUGAGGCCACAGGUAGUUGCAGUGUUCGUCUGUUUGCUUAAGAGGCACAAGUGAAGAACCUUUCCAAGUAGCAACUGUACAGAAUUGAUACAUGGGACAUCCCCUUUCUAAAUACUAAUGAGAUACUGAAAAUUCCUGCUUGUUCAUUCUGAUGUAGGAGGUAUGUCAAAAGUAAUUCUGUGAGAGAUUAAAAGUAAGCCUUGGAAACAAUGAUUCCCUCAGUUUAUAUAGCUGAACUUUGAUUCCUACAAAAUACUGAUUCAGUUUUUGCUCUUAAAUUUACAUGUUAAACCCUCAAAUUUUUCCUACGUUGACAACCAGUAAACCAACUAACUAUGCUAGCUUAUGUAGUUAUAUUAUCUUCAGUUUUUUCACUGUAUCUGGAAACAGUCAACCACUUAUGAUUUGCUGCUGGAAAUACUAGAGCUUAUCAAUCAUUAAACUGAUUUUAAUUAAAAGUAGCCUAUUGAGGCUGUUGUGGGAAAAGCUCUUUUUCUUUUGCAUUUAUUCAUGGUAUAACACAAACAGUGUUUGUACAUGCUGAUGGAAAUGCAUGGUUGCUAAAAAUAGUUUUGGGGAGUGUUGGUAAAUAAAAACUCCCCUCAUAAAGGUGAACACUAAGUUCUUCUUUCCUUGGGUUGAAGCAUGAUAACCACCAUACUUCUGAAACCCUUGUGCUUACUUGCUCACUAGUUAACUCUGCUGUUGUAUUAAAAAUACUGGUAAUGCUACUGACAUGUUAAAUAACUUAGCAGUGAUUGGAAAGUAGGCAGAUGGAGCAGAAAGGAAAUUGAAAUGUCUCCUGGGUUGUGAGGGAGUCAGAGCUCUAUCAGUGAAAAUCAAAGAAUCUGCAAAUGUGUGAGACAGCAAACACUGACCUUCCUGCCCUGCCUGCUGGUGCACGUGUGUAGUUCCCUAGUUUAUGACUGGGAAACCUGGGUCUGGCUGGUUUCUCUGAGGCAGGAGAGAAGUCUGAAAAGCUGCAAUUGUUUCACAGUUUUCUCUAUGGAAAAGAAAUGCCUGUGUGUGAUGGAUGCCGGGGUUACAGCACAGGCAGUUACCACUGGCUGCAUGGAUUUCCCAUGCAGAGCUGGAGGACAAAGUGAAUUUACAGCUGGGAAUGUUUGUAGGGUGGAAAGAGUUAAUAUAAAAAGGACAUUUAAUGCACAAUACAGACCUUGGAUUUUUUGUUUUUAGCUUUUGUUAUAUAGCAAUACUUGAGCACAGGAAUUAUAAGGAUGUAUUUAGAACUGCUGUGGAAAUAUGUUGAUAACUUGCUCAUAUUUGUCAACUUUCCAUGGGAACUAGGAGUUGCUAUGACCUCCCUUCUGCCAGGAUCUUCACAAAUAAUGUUUUGGAUUUGGUGUGUACAAAAUGAGCACUGGAGGUCUUACAGCUGAUUUAAUUAGUGACCAGUGGGUUGAUUGACCAGUGUACUUCUGUUAGCAGGAAGGAAUUGAGGAAGCCAUAAAAACACAGUAAAGCUAUGCUACAUAUGAGAUGAAUUAAUGUCUCUACUGAGGAAGGUCCAGGAAGGAUCCUCCUGAGAUUCCUUGGAAUCAGAACCCAUGCAGCUCUGGACAGUAGGAAUUUACAGAGGGCUGAGCAGACUGCCCCUUAGGUGAAGGUGAGUUGAGUGCAUUUUUCGACUAGCACUGAAGAUCAGUCUGCUUAUAUUAUUCAAAGUCAAUACUGGUUUGCUCACAAAGUGAGUAGUCUUUAUUCUGGGGAUCCAGAUUUCACUAACUAAAUGAUCCCUGUUUUGUGCUUGAGCAAAUGAAGUGGUGCAGAAGAGAAGCACAUCACAACAGCAGCCAUUGCAGCUUCACAGAAGUGACAGCACAAAUGCAGGGAAUGGUUAGUCUUUAACUGCUUUCUCAUUAAAUAUUUUUUUUUAAUCCCUCCCUUUUAAGUACUAGUUUGCAGAUAUGAAGAACUUAAUGGAUUUAUCCAGAAACAUGAGGGAUGCAGUAUCAGGGAUUUGGGGAGCAAGCAAAGAUACUAUUUCUAAAAUUGGUAUUCUUGGUAUGUUUGGGUGGAAGCUUGGGUUGGUAUCUAGAGCAUGGUUAUUGGGGUUUUCAUUUCACAUCCACCACUGUUACAGGACAAGAAAAAACAGACUUGUACAUCUUCCAGGGCCUUUGCCUUUAUUUCAGGAGUACUGCUCUGCCUCCUCUAUGUGCUUUGUAAAUGAAUAAAUAACCAAACUGGAUGUUUCUUGAGAGGAGAGAGCUACACCUCUGUGCAAUUGGUAUAAAAAGCUACUUCUAUGUGCUAAACAACAUAGUAUUUGGUGGGUUCUCUGUGCUCUUAAAUUCCCUAUCGCUAAGCAACAGACCCCCAGCUUGUUCAGAUGCUGCUUCUUUGUCAACUGUUAUUUGUCAGAUUCUUACAUAUUAGACAGCAUCUCCUUGAAUUUUGCAUUGCAGGUAGAUUUUUGUAGCUAAACAAAAUUAAUUGCCUCUUCAAAGUAAAAGGAGUUUAACUGCUCAUUUGAGUUUUUGAAGUUGUGAUAUUUGUGUUAAAGUAUGAAUGCUAAGGCAAACAGAAACAAAAAACCUUAUUCCAAGGCCUUUUGACCUUUCAGUGCACAUAUCCCAGCUGAAUAAAAGGAGUUAUGCAACCUCAUUGGACUUUCUUGCAACAUCCUUGUUGCAGCUAUAGUAACUGCUUAUGUCAAAAAGUAAUAUUAGAAAGUAUUUAAUGUAUUUUUAGAUUCUGUCUAAUGCAACUUAGCUGAUAAAGAAGAGCCAGUGCUGUGAGACCAGCUCUCUACAGACAUUGGGAAGUGUGGCGCAAACAACAUUUUGAGCACAUCAGGCCAUGUGUGAAGCUGGAAAUUUCCAAGCAAUGCAAAUGAUUGCCUGACAUAGCUGUUAUGGUAUUGUCUGAGAAACAAGACUACUGAAUUUGACAGCCAUCACAGUGUGCUGAUGCUUCCAAACUGCUCAGGUUCUCGUGUUCAUUAUGGUUCCGGAUGGCCAGAAUUUGCUGGAAAAGAAAAAAGAAAAGUACUAACUAUUCAGAACAAGAAUUCACUUGUAUUGAAAAAAUAUGGUGAGCAAUUCUUUUUAUUAAUUUCUCUGUUGAGACAUAUUAAUCUGUGUUAAAAUUUGUAUGAGAUGUGCCUUGGUUUGAUUUUUACCUCUUUAUCUUAACACUUAGACAAGCCAAGAUAAGAGAGGUGAUUAAAUACUUGUCCUCAAUUACUCCUGCCCUCAUAAUCAGUCCAAUGAAGAAUUCCUGCAGGAGGAAUUACAUGCAUUGGUCUACUUGCACAAAAACAAGGUUUAACAGUUGUUCCUACCAUAUUCAAGUAAUUCUGUUAAAGCAGAAACAAUGCCAGUUUUAUACUUGGAGUGUCUCUCUGGUCUGAUGAAAGCAAAAUAAAAGACAGAUGUCAAAGAUGCCAAA